GAAUUUCUGCAUACUUUAUUGCAUAUGUGUACAAGAAUUAAGCAAUUUAUGAGCCUACAGGCCAAAGAUGUUUAGUGUGGGAGUGUGAACUUACAGUUAACCUGCCAGGAUACGGUGCAACGUUAAAGUUAGCUAGCUAGGGAAUUAUCGUUUGUUAGCUCGUUAGCUAGUCAGUGACCAGCAGUACGAGGCAGCAUGGGUGUGUUAUCCACGCUGGUGAGAGGUUUAGUCAGAGGCGCCGACAGGAUGUCUGAGUUCACCAGCAAGCGUGGAUCCAGGACUCAUAAUAAAGGCAGGGGUGCCAGGCCCACUGGACUGAAGCUUUCCAGCAGAAAGUUUUUGUCCAUUCGGACCAUGAUUCCCGAGUUUGUGGUGCCUCAUUUGGAGGGAUUCAAACUCAAGCCAUAUGUAUCAUAUCGUUCCCCGAAAGGAACAGAGGCUCCACUCACAGCACAGAGUUUGUUUGCCGAAGUUGUUGCCCCUCAGAUCGAGAAAGACUUUGAAGAGGGCACUUUCAGCAAAGACCAGCUGGAGAAGUAUGGAUUUGAGUCCACGCAGGAGGGGAAACUCUUCAAGCUGUAUCCAAAGAACUAUGUGCGUUAAUGGUCUACCCACAGUGUGAUGUUCUUGUAAACAAAUACACAAACUGGAAACUGAUGGGACACUUUCAGGAAAAUAAUCACAAAUGGGACUGUCUACUGUUUUCAGAAUUGUUUUUCUGAAGUGUUUCUGAUAUUUGAUUAUCUGGCAAUAUGAACUUAAAAGGCAUAAUUCAUACUGCAGAACUGUAUAUUAAUCACUGUAAAGAUCAGAUGAACAGCUAAAAUUAAAAUUGCCAAUAUACAAAACAAAA